GGCAAAGGCUCCCGGUAGACGAGAUCGAAUGGACGCGGUCGGGCUAGCUACACCGUGACAAUGAACUCUGCAAAGGAUUGCGAUAUUACCAACCAUCACAAUUUACAUCCACUUGUGUUUAAUUAAAGAGACAAUCACAGUGCCGAAAAACAUUCAACGCACGCCAAAUACAACCACCACGAAAACCAAAACAUACCCUAUUAAGUAUUAUGCACCACCUGCACGAAAUAAACCGUGAUUAAAAAAAAAAAAUCAGAGGAACUUAAAGACGGAAAUUCUCUAUUUUAAAGUUCACAAAUUCCGUGAUUGCUGUUUUUUUCCGGUCUCAAUUGUUUUCAUCUGCGAUUUUUAAAUUCCGGAUACGAUUGCUUUCGAAAUGUAUAAACUUCAAAUUGAAUGUUGCAAGUGUUGUGCAUAUACCUUUAAAGAGGUUGUACUUGAAGCUAUCUAUAGGUCUAUGUUCUCUUAAUGGCAAAAUAUUCAGUGUGAGAUCACCGUCAAAGAAAAGGUUCAGUUGAAAUUGCUAUUACACAGAUAUAUAGGCUGACAGAUGUGGCCGGUACCGCUUAGAUCAGAACUCGACAAGUACCAUUGCUUAGAAAUAACUGUUUAUACAAUGGACAACCUUUAAACCAUUCUGCAACUUGCAAGAGUUCAAAAAAAAGGGAAAUGUCCCUUCCUUCUAACCCGGAAGUACAUGCACAAUCUGGAGUCUGUGUAUAUCAUCAUGAUGACAUCCUGUUUGGAAAAACCCAAUCGCGGUGCGGGGUGUAACUCAGUGCUCCAUCCAAGUGCCCGGAACAAUGGGCAAGCGCACGGUGUAGGAUUGGCUCAGUUCCGCUGGUGUAGUGUAGCUAACUGUGACCGUGAUUGAUAAUCCUGCAGGCCUUGGUAAUCGUCCAUAGAGCAUUAAUAUAGCUCUUCAGUCAUCUGUUUUUGUAGGCAGCUGUUCAGCAAGAUGGCGUUGGAGUCAGCUCGAAUCGGGCGUCGCCCAUCACAGUGCUGCUUCGCGAUUGUCCAAAUCAUUUUCUUGUUGCUGAUCACAUCUGAAUCCAUUUGCACCGGGCAAGACGUGGGUGCGACGCAGGCUGCAGACGAGGCAGAUCAGGCCCAGCAACCACGCCUAGUGUGGACAGAGCUCCGUAUAGUGGACCGCCGUGCUCGCAUCCAAAGCCUGCCUGCCGAUCCGGACCAGUAUAUCACAAGCUCGGUAAUUGCGUCCAAGUACUAUUACGAGUUGACGCCUGCGCACUGGAUCGCCAUCGCCAGCGACUAUGACGACGGAGUGGCUUUCUGGAGCGACGCAAACAACAAGAGAAUCAUGAAGGGAGGUCUGCGAGAGGGCGCUACAGCCACAGGAAUAUUUGAAGGCACUUCAUCCACCGUCGACGGCAUAGCAGUUGAUUGGCUGGCCAACAACGUGUACUGGACAGACGCCGCCUACAAUUGGAUAGUAGCUGUGGAUUACAACAUGACUUGGUUCCGGAUUAUCGUGGAUGAUGGACUGGAAAAGCCGAGAGGGGUCGCCGUCCACCCACAGUUAGGCUAUCUGUUUUGGACAGACUGGGGGAGCAGACAGACAAUAGAACGAUCAACACUCAGCGGAGAAGACCGUCAAGUCCUAGCUGACACUGGCUUGUACUUCCCCAAUGGAAUUACCAUUGAUUACACAGCCAACAAGUUAUACUGGACUGAUGCAGACCCUACGGGCAGCCGUUUGGAGUCAUCCAACUUGAACGGCACUGAUCGCAGGACCGUUUACUCCCACCAACCGGACCAGGGCCACUUCUUUGAUGUUGCCGUCUUCCAAAACUAUAUCUUCAUCAGUGACUGGUACAAUGGCAUUCGUUGCAUACGAAAAGAUACCGGAACCCACUACUUUGCUCUGAACAUUGGCGGACGGCCAUUUGGACUGACCCUACAUGGACCGGGGCUGUUACCAGGCAACUCAUCUCUUUGUGAUGCCAAGCCCUGUGAUCAGCUGUGUGUCAGCGACCCUGCUGGCUUCAAGUGCCUCUGUGUGGAUGGCUUUGAGCUUCUGGACGACGGGCGGACGUGCCAUCGAGCCGAGACCUCUCUGGCCAAGCCCCAGAUACUUCUGGUUGCCCAGAACAGCAUCUGCUAUUUCCCCAGCAACUUCCCAGACCUGUCUUUGUCCUCGGACUACCAGCGCAACUGCAUCCUGACCAACCGUACCCACUUGGUGGCGUUGGAUAUAGAUGUGCGAAGCAAGACCAUGUUCUUCUCUGAUUUUGUUCACAAGACAAUCCAGAGUGUCCGUCUGACCGAUGGGGCUGCGGUGGAGCUGGUUGUUGGAGGGGUUGGUAGUGUGGAAGGCAUUGCCGUGGACUGGCUGAGCCAGAAUCUGUACUGGACAGACUCUCAACUUGACCACAUCUCAGUCGCUCGCUAUGACGGCAGCAACAGACGUAUUCUACUGAAGGACAACGUGUUGGAUCCUAGGAGCAUUGUUAUCCAUCCUGGGCAGAGAUUGAUGUUCUGGACUGAGUUUGGACCACCAGGCCAAAUUGAACGAGCCAGUCUAGACGGCAGCAUCCGACGCGUCAUCCUAGACAAUGUAGAUGGCCUCAAUGGCCUGUCUAUUGACUUUGAUGAAGACCGGAUCUACUAUGCAGAUCGUUCGAGUGGCUCCAUUCAGCACAUGGACUUUGAGGGGAAUGGGAGGACACGCUUAUAUGCCCGGACUGGUGCCCAGUUCUUUGAUAUUGACAUACACAAGGACUACCUUCUCUGGACGGAGUGGAAUACCUUCAAUGGCCUGCAUGCAAUCAACCGUGAGAAUCGACGCAUCGUGCAGAGCCACAGCAUCAACAACGAGUCUACCUAUGGCGUGCGGGUCUACUCCGACGACCGACAGCCAGACUAUGACAGCGUGUGUGAGGAUAAUGGUGGUUGCCAGCACCUGUGUCUGCCGAUAUCAACAGGAGGUAUGCGUUGUGAUUGCAGUGCGGGAUACCAGUUGCACACUGACAAUCAUGCCUGCGUCCCCGCCUUAGAUAUUCUCUACGAUGACUUCCUGUUUGCUUCGGAUACUUACCUGCACAGCAUCUUCCAGUUUGAUCUGUCCAAUCCUAGCUUGAACUACUCUGCCCUCCAGCUGGAUACCAGGACCAUUGAGAACCCAGUGGCACUCGCCUACGAUCCCAUGACUGCACAGGUGUACUGGUCGGAUGUUGUGCAGAACACAAUACGCAGGGCAUACAUCAUCAAUGGCUCGCAGGAGAUUCUGUUCACGCAUGAGCAUGUGGAAACACCAGAUGGCCUGACAAUUGACCCUGCCUCUCGUCUUCUCUUCUGGACUGACAUGGGCUUACCCAGUAUCCAGGUGGCCCAUCUGGACGGCAGCGAUCGCAAGAUUCUGGUCCGCACAGACAUAGAGCACCCACGGGCCAUCCUAGCAGACCCAGGCAACGGGCUUCUAUAUUGGUCAGACUGGGGACAAGUAGCCAAGAUAGAGCAGGCUUACAUGGAUGGGAGCAACAGGGUGGUGCUGGCUAACACCUCACUGGCAUGGCCGAAUGGACUGGCUCUGGAUUUCAGAGCCAACAAGCUGUACUGGUGUGAUGCCAAGACAGACAAGAUAGAGGCCCUGGACCUGAGCUCCAUGACCCGGGUUGUUCUCAUCGACCUUGGCCCUAGCAACCACCCCUUUAGCAUUGCCCUGCAUGGUCCCUACAUCUACUGGUCUGAUUGGUCCAAGCGUGCCCUCAUGAGGGCUGACAAGGACACAGGGGCCAACAAUGCUACCGUGGGGUCAGCUGACUUUGCGCGACUGAACGGGCUAUAUGCCUACAGCAGUCAGGAUCAUGAUCCCUUUUCCAAUGCCUGCGUGGAUGGUCCUUUAACCAACGGCGGUUGCUCCAGUCUCUGUCUUCCAACACCCACCUAUCGAGUCUGUGCUUGCCCAGAUGGAAGCACUCUGGCCCCCGAUGGAUUAUCUUGCUCUGGAACCAUUCAGUGUCCAGCGACCUUCCCCCACGGCAAUGUGCAGGCAGACUGCCAGCGUGUUCCGGGUUCCACGUGCAAUGUAGAAUGCGACACAGGGUACCAGCCAAGAGACAGUCGCAUCAGCUGCGGCCCUAGUGGAUUCUGGGAUGCUGCUACUGAUGCUAUCUGCGAACAGGUGAGAUGUCCUUCGUUGUCCGUGCCUUCACAUGUCACCGUCGUGGCUUGCCUGGCACCCUACUUCCAUGGUAACCGCUGUCAAUUCCGCUGCCGGACCGGCUACACUCGUGUCAGUGGUAAUCAUGAGUUGAUGUGCAUGGAGGAUGGUCAAUGGUCUGAUACCCUGCUCACAUGUCAAGUCGUGAACUGCCCAGCGCUGCCAGCCCUCCCUAGUGCCAUCUACACACCCUCUGAGUGCUCAGCUGUUCCAUCUGCUUACAACACCACCUGCCAUGUCCUCUGUCGUCAUGGUUACCUUCUGAGUGGCGUGGCUUCGUACACAUGCCAAGCCGAUGGUCAAUGGACUGAUGCUGACAGGCAGUCUGGUUGCAUGGACAUAGCGCCGCCUGACUUUCAUGAGUCCUGUCCAACCAACUUCAACGUCACGGCUGACUCAGGCCAGAUCACAGUGAACGCCACGUGGCCUGAACCGCGCCCAGACGACAACUCGGGCGAGGUUCCCGUCAUUACUAGCAAUGUCCGUCAGCCGUUACUGCUAGGGGAAGGCAGGCACUCUGUGACGUACUAUGCCAGUGACUCCACUGGUAAUACCGCAAUCUGCAGCUUUAUCAUCAAAGUCAUAGUGCUGUCCUGCGAUAUGCUUGGCCACCCAAUCAAUGGCUACUUUGAGCAUUGUACCCAGCACCUGGGCUCAGUCUGUACCAUCCGAUGUAAUGAGGGUUUUGCCGUACAUGGCUCAGAAGAGCGGGUCUGUCUACAGGAGUUUGAGGGUAGCAUGGUGUGGACGGGCAGUCCGGCCAGCUGUCCAAUGAUUGAGUGCAGGGAGCCAGCUACCUCCCUGAGUGUCAUGAGCGACUGCUCCCCGCCUUUCUAUUUCCGGGACGAGUGUAGCUACGCAUGCGGCCCUGGAUAUGAACGCAUCAGAGGAUCUGAACGCAGGAUUUGCAUGGACACUGGCCUGUGGUCGGGCACUGAGCUACAGUGCCAGCGAGUGACAUGUCCCCCGCUUGUCCAGAGUGACCACACUACCGUAACUUGCCAGUCCCGUGAGAACUUCUUUGGUGACACCUGCACACUGGCUUGUGAGGAUGGGUACCAGCUAGUGGGUAUUGCAACUCACACGUGUCUGGCAACCGGGGAAUGGAGUGACAACGAUGAUGGACACUUCUGCCAAGAUGUUACAGCCCCUCAUUUCAACGGUACAUGUCCAGAGGAUUUUAGCCUGUUGGCCCCCCGGGGAAGGGAUGAGGCCGUGGUCACAUGGACCCAGCCUGUCGUCAUGGACAAUGCUGGCAACCAGCUUAACAUCACAUCGUCACGGAACCCAGGCGUCGCACUGCCUGAGGGCCUGCAUGCUAUCCUCAUUCAAGCAGUAGACAGGGCUGGGAACCAGGGAACAUGCCGCUUUGUGGUCAAUAUUACAGUGGUGCAUUGCCCUUUACACCCAUUCCCAUCAUUUGCCAACUUCCUGGGCCAACGUUGUUACAACUACUACGGCGCCCAGUGCAACUUUAGCUGCGUGGUGGGGUACCAGUUGUCUGGAUCAAGCUCUCGGACGUGCGAAUGGAGUGGGCGGAGUGGGGAGGCGGCAGCGUGGACCGGGGAGCAGCCAGUUUGUCAAGCUGUGACGUGUCCGAUGUUUGAUUUUUCCGAGGACAGCAUGUACGUGGUAGGUUGCGACGCCAAGGCACGCUUACUCCCUUACGGAUCACGAUGCCAGACCAUUUGCACAGAGGGCAAGCAGCCAGUCGCUGGAGGAAGUGAUGGGCAGAGAAGGUGCACAGAGGAGGGGACAUGGUCUGGCCAGAACAUCCAAUGCGAGGAUGUGCACUGCCCAGUCCUGAUGCCCCCUUCCUUCGGCGUCAUCAUGCCUGACAACUGCACCAAUGUGCCGUCCCGGUUCCGGACCAUCUGUCGCUACUCUUGCAUGCCUGGAUUUGUCUUGACUGGCGUCUCAGCCACGCUGUGCCUUGCCUCAGGGAACUGGUCCAGUCCAGAGCAGCAUGCUUGCCAAGAUAUUAUGGCACCAGUCUUCCAGGCCCCUUGCCCGCAUAUCGUCAUGGACCUAGUGCCAGACACUUGCACCAAUGGCCAUGUGGUCAGCUAUCAGAUGCCAUCGGCUGAGGAUAACUCCGGCAUGGUUAAUGUGACUGGAGGUGAGGGAGACGUCAUGGGCACGGUCUGGCCAUUUGGCAUCUAUGAGCGCUCCUUCACAGCACGGGAUCCCUCGGGUAACACCGCUGAGUGCUUGCUGACAAUCAACGUCUUACAGAUUCAGUGUCCAGACUUGCCACAUCCAGCCCAUGGUGCCGUCGUGUCUCAGACAUGUGGGGACCAGUCAGGAUCAGUUGCCGUCUUCUCUUGCUAUGAUGGCUACUUGCUCAUUGGUUCCAAGUAUCUGGCAUGCAGACAGGACGGGCAGUGGAAUGCCACUAUCCCAUCAUGCUCAGCUGUGUAUUGUAGCCCGUUGACAGCACCAGUGAAUGGAACCUUCUCCCCAUCACAAUGCACGGGCAAUGCCGUCGGUUAUGACACAACCUGUGAAAUGACAUGUGCCUCGGGCUAUGCACUGAUGGGUGAUGGAUCCACAUCAUGCAAUAGUAACAGCCAGUGGUCCAAUGACAUCUCCAGCAGCUUUUGUAUGGAUAUUACCCCUCCUGAGAUGACAUGCCCCCCUGCUCAGUUCCAUGUCCUGCCCCUCGGUGAAUCAACAAUCAAAGUCACUGUGGAGACUCCUACAGCUACUGACAAUUCAGGUGUGACCCCCAACAUCACUGGUGCUAGCGUCAGACAGCAGGAUGUUGGACCUGGCAUCAUUUAUUUCAAUUUUGAGGCUACGGACACAGCAGGGAACACUAAACAAUGUACAACUGAAGUCACUGUCAGAGAUCUUGAAGCACCAAGGGUACUGAGUUGCCCUAAUGAUACAGCGGUGGAAGCCCCCACCCUGCCUGUCACCCUGCAGUGGGAGGAGCCAGAGUUUGAUGACAAUGUUGGCAUGCCUCACGUCACAAGCAAUUUGCCCAAUGGUCAUCAAACAUAUGGAUGGGGGGACGUAGUUGUGACAUAUACAGCGACUGACGUGGGUGGCAACUCAAACAUCUGCAAAUUUGUCUUUUCAGUUGAGCAAGAUUUGAAUUGUCCACCACUUCAGCCCCCUCCUAAUGGAGCAUUAGCCUGCGAGAAUGGCGAUUACUGCACUGUGCAUUGCAAUGAGGGUUACGUGUUUCUGGACAGGACGCAUCCCCGAGAUGUUUACAUCUGUUUACCUUCAGGCCACUGGAGUCAUGAAGCCCUGCAGGGAGGCAUGGCAUACCUACCUGGCUGCUCAAAACGAGAACCACGGACGAGAGUGCGAUGGGAGCGAACAGACAGAUAUGUCUUCAACUUGCAUCACCUUCAGGGCAGCUGCCAGAGCCAAACCCAGACAAUCCAGGACAAUUUCAUCGAGCUCUUCAUGAGGAGUCAUUUUGGGUACUGCCAAGUGGAUCCGGAAAAUAACUGUAAAAUGGAGAAUAUUGUUGUUACCUGCGGAGAAACCACGGAUGGUAGUCGGCGGCGUCGACGCCAAGCUCAGGAUGAUCCAGUAGUGAAUGUAGACAUUUCCAGCACCAUUGUUAUUGAAAGAAAUGACACAACAAACAUCAGCUCCGUUCUUUCCGUCUUGAACACUAACGCCAGCGACAUGUGGGGGCAGGAGAGCGUGACCCUUGACCUGCCGGGCAGCACCACAGCAGUAUUGGAUCGGGACCAGUCAGAAACAGGAGCGUUGAAUGUGAUAUGUGGUGAUGGAAUGGUGGCAUCAGACAUGAUAUGUGUGAACUGUCCGAGUGGUACUCGUUACAAGCUGAGUAUCGGUGACUGUGUGCCAUGCGGCAAGGCUACAUACCAAGAUGAAGAGGCACAGUUAACCUGUAAGCUGUGCCCUCCAGGCACCACAACGAUUGGAACAGGAGCGUUUCAGUCAGCACACUGCCAAGCAAUGUGUCCCCCUGGUCAGAUCUCAUACUGGGGUGUGGUGCCUUGCAGCAAGUGCCCCAUUGGCUCCUACCAGCCUCGUAGGGGUCAGCAUGGAUGUGAACCUUGCCCCGAUGGAAUGACCACUCGCAUCACAGGAGCUACUACCUUCUCACAAUGCUUAGCCUCUGGUGUGCGACCCACUCUGCGACCACUAGACACCACCACCCAAGUUAUCCAGCCGACUGUAGCUCCAGGUAAAGCCACUGUGACCCCAACAACCCCUCCCAGCAAGGCCAGCCUCCCCGCCACAACUGGCCAAGGUGAUAUCAUCGGGGUGAUCACUAAGACACCAGGCAAGGGUGGGAAUGGUGACAACAACACAAAUCCCAAUGCCUCGGCCCAAUUACCUAACCGAUUGGUGAUUGUCAUUGCAGUGGUCUGCGGACUGCUGGCUCUAGCUGCGGUUAUCGUAGUGGUGUGUGUUGUCAUUAGGCGGCGACGCACCAACCCUAAGGACAAGCCCCUGCGUAGGCCUCGCCCAGUCAGCUGGUCAGGGUCUACACGGGCCAUGAUUCAGGAGGAGGAUGAUGAUGACCCAGACAAUGCCUUGGACUUAGUGGCCAUCCGCAACCCAGUCUAUGGCUUCAAUGACUACGAGCCUUGCACAUCUCCAUUGUCAGACAACAACUUCAGCACCUUCCUGGAGCCUAGUGAACCGCCCAUCUUUGAAGACUCUGCCGACAUUCCCAAGUUGGCCCCACCCCCAAAAAAGAUAAAGAAGGGGGAGGCUGGUUCUUUGGAUUAAGGCUUUUGUGCCUGCUGACCGCGACACAGAGAUAUCUCUUUUCGGAUAUGUUGGGCAAGUUUGGUAAAGCAUUUUUUUUAGUUUGCUGAUUUUUGAGACUGUGUGACAGUCUUGAAGGCAAUUGAGAGUGAUGUCCUACUAUUUGUCUUGACGGUUUCUGCAGUGGAGGUGAAAGUUGUGCAGAAAGACAUUCAUGCAUUCUUAGUAUUUUCGGUGUCUUUCUUGCAGUGUACAACUUUGUAACAAGUUCAUUGCAGUAAUUGUUUUUGCACAUUUUUACACUGUUUUCUUAAAUUAAAUGAUUGACAUUAGCAGAACUUAACUGCAAAGAUAGCAAGAAAAGAUGGAGAUGCUUUAUAAACUUUAAUUCCCAUUGUUUUUUUUAAUUGCAAUUUAAUGUCAAUUUAACAGCUGUCUAUCUGCUUUGAAAUCUUCCCUUUUUAUCAGUGUAUUUGAUAUCUUUGUUGAUUCUUGACAUCAAAUUCUAAAGGGAAUGUACAAUUCUUUGCUCUUUAUUUUUGAGUCCAAUAAUAACUUGUGGAGUGUUUUAUUUUUAGAUAAGAAUAUUACAAAUUUGUUUGAUUUUUUAUAUAGGUUUUCCCGGCUAUUUUAAAAGAUUAUUCACUCUAUCAUUCAAUUUCGUCCACGAGAAAAAUUCCACACGCUUUUAACCAAACUAAUUUAGUCAUUAACCAUUCAAUUUCAAAGUUUGGUCACCCUCUUUAGUCACCUGGUUGAGAAUGUUCGUCAUUUCAGAUCAAACUCGUCCAAGCUUUUGCCGAAUGGCAGCAUUCAGAGAACAAAUUCGUCUUAUAUCAAUCAAUUAGACGAAUUUGAUUUCUAAAUAACAAGGUUUGGCGUAGACGACACGAAAUGGAAUACUCCGGGACAAAACUGUGCGCUCAUUGUUUGAAUUUGCUUGAACUGAAUUUGAAAUUGUCGGACAAAAGACGAAAUUAAACAUUGGAAGAGCACUAAAUCGAUGUCGAUGGACGAAUUUGAAUAUUAGAAAUGGUGAAUUCGAAUGAUAAACGUUUUAAAAUAGCUGGGAAAACCUAUAUUUGGAAUAGAGGAAUGUCAAAUUGGCACUGAAACCGAGGGCCUCAGUACUUUCUUUGCAAUGAGACCCUAGGUUUCAUUGUGAAUCGCGGAAUAAUCUGUUGUAACCAUUAAUGUGGUUUUCACCUGCAAAUUAGUAUUGUCCCUUGCGCAAUUCUGUUCCCCUUGGUUUGUUGAGACUUUUAUCAAGUAUAAUGUUUAUAAUAUGUAGCUUAGUAUUAAACAAGUUCUUAGAGAAUUUAAAAGAAAUAGGGUUGUGAGGAUGGCAGGUGAGGGUAUGAACUAGAGGGUUUAGAGGUCAUUAAUUGAUAAGAUGAAAUAUUUUGUACAUAUGUUCACGGUAUUUUUCUACUUUCUUACUUUAUUGUUUAUAAUAACACCUCUCUUUUUUAAUAUAGUUGUAGAAUGGCUAGUACUAUAGUAUGGCAUUCAGCGUGAGUGGACGCCUUGCACAAGCAGACUGGUUCCCGCCCCCUCCUUAAUUAAAGUCUAGAAUGUAAUGGAGGGACGGAACCAGCCUUCAGUGGUUCUGUCAUUAGGCAAAACCGUGCCUUCCCUGGUAUACAUUCGCACGUGUAAGUGAAUGAAUAGUGAACCAGUGGAUUGUAUCACCUUGUGCAAUGGAGCCCAUAGCAUUGCAGAUUUGUAAAAGCACAAUUUUAGAAAUUAUGACACGUGGAGCAUCAACACUAUGGCUUUGCUUUAUUUUAUAAAUAAUUGCGUAAUAGGAUUUAAGACCUUCCUUUUAUGAAGAAAGGGCUGUGAGGUAAAAUAUGUAUAUAGACUUAAUUAUAACGUGACAAUGGCUUUGUCUAUUGUCAAAUUGAGUGGUAGCCCAGUAAUUAAGUGAAAGUAAUCAACUUUAGUGCGCAGAUAUGGACUAAAUGCUACAAACUGUGUAAGGAAACUGACAUCUGCAGGUUUUAUAAACUUCAUAUAAGUUUUAGAAGUUGUCUAGAAGUUUGUUUUCACCAAAGAAUGAUAUUUUGGAGGUGGAGCUAAUCUGAAGGGGUGGGGCUGCCAAACUCAUCCAGAGUUCAAGAAGCUGUUGGAGGGCGGUGCUCAAGUCACAAAGUAGGAUGAAAAACACUAUUUGUGAAUCUUUCUCCACCCUCAUCCAGUGGCGUGGUUGGAUUUUGUUUUCCAUUUACCUGUGUAUCAGUCGUAGUAAAAGUCAUCACUACUUUUUUGGGGGAGAGGGAGGUUGUAUUAAAUAUGUUAAGGACUAUUGAUAUUUUUUGUAUUUUGGUAUGAAUAUUAAUGAUGCAUUUAUGCAGACUGUAUAUGAGUAAAGAGCUUUUGACCAACUGUUAA